CGCCCCCUCCCUCGAGAGCCGUCAGCUGUUUUUGCUAGCCAACGGGGCGACAACCUCCGUUUCCCUCCGCUUGUGCUUUUCUUGUUUUACCCUCUUCCAGCAGUAGUCUUAGUUAUCAUGGAUUUAUACUUAGAAGGGUACGUGACGAAUCUGUCAAUCAGUAGAUGAAAGUAGCAAACCUGCUGGCAACAUGACGUAGCCCUUAGCCGGUUACCAUGGUAAUAGCACUAUUCGCGUCUGUUUACGUCGUGUCGACCGACACUCGAUGACGCAUCGAUUCUGUUGCUGCGUGGGGUCUCCUCCCAACAAGUCCCAGAAACUUGACAAAUGUUCAAAAAGAGAACAUGUCGGACAUAUUGUGCAAGUGGCUCAACGAGGAGCUUCGGCUGUCAAAAGUCGUCGAACCGAAGACGUUUGCCAAGGACUUCUCCAAUGGGUACCUCAUUGGAGAGGUUUUACAAAAAUACCAAAUUCUGAACGAUGUCAGUGUCCUCAUGAAGACAGACACGUCCACGUCCAAACUGAACAAUUUCACUCGCCUGGAGCCGACUCUCCACCGGCUGGGCAUCUCCUUCGACCUGUCCGCGGCUCAGGGCUUAAUGCAGGAGAAGGCCGGCGCCGCGACGCAUCUCCUCUAUCAGCUCUACGUCUCACUCGAAAAGCAGAAGAAGAAGAAAUCUGAAAUCCUGCAACCUGACACCCGACGUAAAAAAGGCCACGAAACCUUCUCCGAUCGUCUACACCUCGUGGUGAAGAAACGCGAUGCAGAUUUAAAGUUGCAGAAAGUGGAUCAAGACUUAGAGAAGCGACGCCUUCAGUUUGACAAGGCAGCCCAGAAGCAGAGUCAGCUGAAAGAGCAGGACGACAAGCCAGCCACCCGCAUGAGGAAGUUUGCUCGCCCAAAGUGCGCCGACGUCGCGUCAAGUCAAAACCAGUCCGCCGACGUCCCGGGUCCAAAGCCGCCUCCCUACUCUUCGCUGGUCAACAUGAGGAGGCAGAAGCAUCAGCAGCGCAAAGAUCUGCAAGCAGAGAUGGUCCAGGCUGAAAUUGCAGAGUUUGAGAUCAACAGGAAGAAGCUCACCACCUCGGGCUUGGCUUCCUCUUCAGGUGGUCUGGAUGUUCAACUCGGGGGUAGCACUCAGUGCAGCGGAGUUGAAAACGAGCUGACGCUGCAGUCCAGCAGCGCGUAUAUUCAGGAGAUCCGCCAGAGGUUGCAGGAGAAUGUCGCCGCUUCCGAGCAGCGAGAAAAGAGACGCAUAAGGUGCCUGGUCGAGCAGCUCAAGGCCCACGUGGCUCAAGAGGAGAGAUGGCGAGAAGAGCAGCUGGUCAGGUGUCUGACGGGCCAGACUCAGCAAGAGAAGCGUUUGGCCGUGCAGCUGCUCCAGAUGCGCAAGCAGAAGGAUGCCUUCCGGCAGAACCGCUUGCUGAUUGAACAGCAGUUUCAGCAGCAGAGAGAGAAGGAGUUCCGCGAAGCUCUCGAAAGGGAAGCGGCCUUGACCCGACAGGCUCACUUGGACCGGGCAGAGGAGAUCCAAUUAGAGUUGGAAUUCUGUCAAAAGAUGGCUGCCGAGUGCGCUCGGAACAGAUCCAAGAAGCACUUUAAGAACUGUAAGGAGAUUUUGGAGCAAAUUGUGGAUUUGGCCACCAAGGUUGGAGAAUAUCGCCUGCUCACAGCAAAUCUUAUUCCAGCGAAGCUGAUGCGUGAAUGGAAGGAACUGCUGUUAAACGGUCUCCCUCUCUACGAGCAGCAGAGGCUCACGUCACCCGAUCCGGUAGAGCUCCAGAAACAGGAGCUACUCAACAUCCAGGAUUACGACGAAUAUGUCAACAUGGCGGGAGAAUGGACGUGGACAGAGGAAUCUGGGGAGACCAGUUUGCCUGUUGUGCCCAGCCACAACAUGAUUCUCAGACACGUGUUGUUGAGGAUGAGGAGCAUGAUCCCGCCACCGAGCCCGUCAUCAAUUCCUGGCUACAGGCUGAAGGCGUGUGUCCUGGGCAAGUUCUGCUCUGGCAAGACCACUUGCUUGAAGAAGAUUGCUCAAGAGCUCAAAAUAUGUAUCCUAUCAGCGGACAAGUUGGUGGAGGAGGCACUGAAUGCUUACCAAAGACGAGAGGUGGUCACACAAGAAAAUGAAGAAAACGAGAGUGAACUGGCCACCGUUCUUAAUACCGAUCUGCAUGACAAAGAUGAAACAUCGUGCGUGAAUUUGUCAAUCCGCGCAAUGCUGGGAAGGGCUGCUGCAGAAGAGCUGAGCAAAGGCAAGCUCAUCCCCGAUGAACUCUUGGUGGACAUCGUGGUCGAGGCCAUCAGCCAGAUUCCACUGGAAGCAGGCUGGAUCCUGGAUGGCUUUCCAGUCAACGUAGACCAGGCCCAUCUACUGGAGACAGCAAUUGCCUCCCUUGACACGGGUUAUGAAGUGGUGGGCAGAAAGAUAGACCUCGUCCUCAAUCCAAAUCCUCCGCCUCCUCCGCCCUCACCGCCUGCACUGGACUUGGCUGUACUGCUGGAUAUUCCUGAUCAGUGCGUCGCCAAGCGGGCGAUCAAUCAUGCGGAUGGCAGCACCAAAAGCACAGCUGCCACAGGCUCUCCAAACAUAAACAGCAAAUUGUUUGUGGCACAGAUUCCACACAGGAUCGCAUCCUUUCAGGAUACCUGGAUCAAACUUGAGGAAUGGUUUGGGAACGCUGGCAGAAAAAGUAUUUUGACUCGUGUGAAUGCGGAUGUAACGAAGGACGAGCUUUACACCACCAUGAAAAAUAUCUUGCAGAAGGCCAUAGUACAAAAACAGGAAGCUCCUAGGGCACUAUUUGUCGAGGAGGUGCUGUUGGACAACCCAGUGCGUGCGGUCUCACCCCCUCCUGCUGUGACUUCCACCCAAACACCCGCUGUCACAAACGAAGACGACAAACAUGAAGAAUUGCAAUUGAACUUUACGGAGGAACGAUCCAACCCGGCCACCCCGACAGAUCUAGAAAAUAAGCCAUCAGAUGAAUCCGUGCCUGAUGAGGACUCGCAAGAAGUCCCACCUAAACCCUCCUCGCCCUGCCCGGGAUCUUCCGGCUGGGUCUAUGUAGACGAGCCGCUGUCAACGGAAAAAGCAGAAUAUCUGUGCCAGCAGUGGGAGUCAAUUUGUGAUUCUUAUGUGAGCAGCGUAAAGGCUGUGAUGCAGGAGCUCCGCUUAGAACGGACUGUUAUUGACCAUCACUUGUAUGACAUCAGGGAGGAGUUCAAGCAAUACCUGGAGCGACCAGACCUGAAGCAGGAAUUAGUGUCUCAGUGGCAGAAGGAUUACAACAGCAUACCCGACGACCUGAGAAAAAACGAGGAGACGAAAGCCGAGUUGAAUCAUCGCCUGGAUGACCUGCGGGAGCAUUUGUGGGACAUUGUCGACACGCACAAGGAGGAUGACGAGACACAACGGGCGGUGAUCAUACGUGAGAAAUGGUUGGAGGAGCACACAAUUAUCCUCGUCAACCAUCAUUUGAGACUCAUACAGGUGGAAAUGAGCCGUUUUCAGAACACGCGCAAUAUUUUGCGGGACUACUAUCUGAAUGCGGGUCAAGAGGAACACUUGGACUCCAUUCCCCUUCUUGACAUUGCAGAUAUAGGGCCUGCAAAGAUACUUAGCGAGAUCUUGAUCGCCAAACACGACGACGCCCUCGCAGUCAUAAGUAAACUGGUGUCGACAGAACCUCAACAGGUGGAGAUCAAGACACAGGACGUAGAGCGAAUCCAAGAGAAGGAGAGGAUCCUCGAGAAGGAACGAGCCCAGGAGAAAGAGAAGGAAAAGGAGAAAGAGAAGGAAAAGGAGAAAGAGAAGGAGAAUGCAAACAAAAAGAAUAAAGACAAAGAUAAAAAACAAAAAGGUUCUCCAUCUCCCCCACCUGCAUCGAGCCCGCCACCACCUGUGGAGACGGUGGAGAAGACCCCCGUAGCCGUUAAAAAUGUCAAGCAGAAAGUAAUCGUUCGAGAACACACAGCUGCGUUGAAGCAUGAAGAGAGUGCAUCAAAGUUACGAAUUGAUUUGGUGAAAGGCCACGGACUGGUGUUGCUCAACUCUCUGCAAAGCAGAGCAGAACAGAUCUUUAGCGACAUGAGAGACCGCUUGGAAGCACAUUAUGUUGCACAAAUGAACAGUAUUGACCAACUUGCGGAGGUGGUGCGCCACUUCAUAGAGACUGGUGGUAAACUUCAGAAUGAGUUGGUACUGGAAAGCAUUGAGUUCUAUUUCAAUGGAGAUACACAGUUGGUUGCAAGUCCACCUACCCAAGUGAGUCCACCUGCGUCGGAGAGAGCGACAUCUUCAAUGCUGACCAUCCUUCAGCUGGACUCGCUGUACCACUGUCUUUGCAAUGAGGCCCCAACAGGUGUUAUGUCCAGUUCUGAGUUCUUCCAUCUGAUUAGAGACAUCCUCCCUUUCAACACUCUUCCCGAACCUUGGGAGAACAUGACUGAAGCACAGUUGAACGAGAUCACUUCUCUUCUCACCGAUGGAUACAAACAGAUCGACUGGCGUCGAUUCUUGCUCAGUGCUGCCAUCCCUUGGCCGUUUCCCUCCUUACGACAACUGCUGCUCGUGCGCAAGCAUUUCAAGGCAGCAGACACUGACGACACCGGCUAUAUAAGUGAGGAGCAAUACAUGCAGACGGAGUUAUGGUUUUCCAGUGAGCGUGAGCAGUCCAUAAGCAACGACUCCUUUGAGCCUCUUAAUAAUCGUCGGGCAAACCUUCGCAAGUUCUUUUUCCAGCUGUUCUCCGAUCACUCGACUCGACCGCCUCAGCUGGACUACAUGACCAUGCUGCUGUGCUUCGCCUCCGAUCCUGAUCCCAAGCAGGGCUUCAUUAAAGCACUGAGUGUAAUGACGGGACAUUAUCUGCAGUACCCUGCUUCGAGCCCUCUUGACACGACCGAUACCAGCUUCGUGGAGACCACGGCGCUCGCCCUCUCGGGGCCGGAAGAGGAAUACGCGGCGAGCAGCUCGUUCGCAGCGCAGACCGUGUCCAUCCCGGCUCUGCUUUGCGUUGUGGGCCCCGAAGUGGGCAAGAUGAAAGGUGGCGUCCAUCCUCCUCCAGGCUGCUUGACCCAGGAGGAGAAUAUCGAGCAUUUGAUGCAGAUAUUCGCAGAGCUGGGCUACACGCCAGAAGAUGCUGUUCCUUUCUCGGUCCUCUCCGGGCAUCCUUCGUUUCAUAACCUGAUCGAGGUCACUGACCAGCACCUAUUUGUUAACAUUCAUAAUGUGCUCCAGGCCCAUCAGCCACGAGAGGAGCCUCAACAGUGUCGUACCUGAGGACGCGUUCGUACGACAUCUACUUUGCCUUUUCUGUCUACAAAUACCGUAACGGGAGAAUAAAAGGGAUUUAAAAACACAA